UUGUUAUGUGAUUUAAUAGAAAAGGAAAAAGGCUACCAAAAUGUAGAAAAUACUUCCGAUAACGAGAGUAAUAAUGAGGAGAGUUCAUCGGAUAUUGAAAGUCAGGAGGAGGAGGGGGAAGUGGCUUCUGAGAAUGGCGUUCAAGGUGAAGGCACCCAAGAGAGCACCCAAGAGAGCGACAACGACAAUGAAAACGACAGUCAGGAAACAGAAAGUAGUAACCCUGAAACGUCCACCGCCUUUCACUCUAAACGUCCCUUUGAACAUUGCGAGAACUCUAAUGUGUACUGGACACUGAUCAUGAAAUGUCCUAAAUGCUUUUGGCACGAUUACUACAAGAUUUGUCCUAUAUCGCCAGAUUCCCGAGGGGAGAAAUUACAUGAAAGAGCAGUUACACACAAAGACGCGAAGACUUUGGAAACCAAUUUCUAUUCCCCUUCUAAAGAGGAGAACGAAGAUGAAGAUUAA